UGAUCCAAAAUCACAGAAUCAUCAGCUUUUUCUUCAUCAUUAUCUUUUUUUUUUAAAGCAAAAUGUUAGCUAUUCCUAUAUCAUAUCAUUGCAUCCUGCUACAUAGAAUUUUUAAUCUGUUCCUUUUCAAAUUCCGAAUAGAGACCGGCUCUUAAAACGACACCAAACAGACCAAUCAGACUUUGCCACAUGAGAGCACUUAUCAAUGCACCUGCAUUUCUCACAGAGGUUUUCCACUGCUGUGAGAUUUCACCAUGUGGCUCUCACUGCUGGUCCUCGUGGCUCUCUGUGCCACGGGAAAAACCGAGGAAAACACGACGCAGGGUCCAGCGGCAGAAGAAAAACUUAUUAUUGCCAAAGGAAAACUGAUUGCUCCCAGUGUGGUGGGAUGAUCCAUAAAGAAGUUGCCCGAGCUCUACAAGUUCCUCAUGGAGCACUGGGCACUGUAUCAUAAUCUGGAGUACGACUCAGGAGAAAACAAGAACCCACGUCUUAUCUUCUACAACGACAAGGAUGAGGAGGUAAAGGUUGUUCCGCUGAAGAAGAUGAAGGCUGAUGAGAUCUGUGAUCUUCUGGACUCUCUGGGUUUCUACAAGAGGGCACAGAAAGGCGAGGAUGUCCCUGAAGAAUUUAAGAACUUCCCUUUCAAGGCACCGCGAGACGAACUCUGACCCCUGGUGGCCAAGAGCUGCAACUGCAUCAAGUGAAAUGAUGACGCCUAGGACCUCAAGGCCUCACGACUGGGUCAGGUUCUGGGCUGAGAUAGCUUCAGCUUGGUGCAGCAGCUGUUUGCAACUAAUCGUGUAAACAUGAUGAAUUUCUUAAUAAAUGGUUUUGAAACCUUU